UAAAGUUAGAUUUACUCUGAAUUUUACUGUGCGGUCUUUAUAGUCCCAAGCCAGAACAGCUAAAACCUACCAUCUUGCAACAUGUUGAAAUGAUGUUUUGAUCUCAAGGGACUGUACGAAGUGACACAAUCCUCUGCUGUGAUGAGGAACUUGACAUUAUCUCUAGUCUUGUGUUUGAAUGGUCUCUCUGCUCUAUAGGUGUAUAAAACCAAUACACCAGGCUAGACUAGACUAGGUAUAUCAGUGGUUCAUCAUUCAGGAAAGUUAAGUUUCACUUUCAAAAGGGGUAAGUUUCUUUUUAGUAAUCAUUCUACCUUUUUGUGUUCUGACUCUUUGACACAUUUGACACUGAUGCCAUAACUUUUAUUGUGAUAAUCAUGUUAUAACGUGUAAUAAGUUAUAUUGUAAUCUUAGUGGCAACAGGUUAUUAUGGAAUCUUGCAAACUCAGAGGAUUAAACUCUGUUUUAUGAAGUCCGAUAUUACACCAUUUAAAAAUAAAUAUGUCAUUAUUUUCUAUUUAUGUUGACUUAAUAAUUACAAUUCAAUAACAUACAAUAACAUUUAUAGUUGACAAGUUUGUUUUAUAGCCUAAGCUACAAUGUCACACUAAUAUUAUCAUGCCAUAUUAUUCUUUUUAGGCCUACAUCAGGUUUUGAAGUAAUAAUAAUUACAUUUAUUAAUGAUAUUUCCUGUUUUUAGCCAUGGCUGAAAUGACAACUGCGACUGCGUGGAUCUGUAUUGUUCCAUUUUUUUAUGCUGUAAACAAUGCCUCAAUUUACAGAAAGAAAUGUGGAAGAACCACUUCCAUAUUCAAACCACUUCUCUUGCGAGUCUUGUAUGUUGUUGAAUAAGCGGGCAAUAGACAAAUAUAUUCUGUUAAACCAGUCACCGCAAGAGUGAGUCUCCCCAGUCCCCACAAUGGCGGUGGGGACACGCAGUAUAGAACUACAGGAGCGUCGUGUGCAACUGGUGGAAUGCUGGAGCCAAAAUGUCACCCAUGGGUCCUACAGGAGAUGCGGGCCAUGCUGAGAGACCUGGGAGCCAUGGCCUUCCAGGGCCUACUGGAGCGGCGCUUCCUCUUCGACCAGGCUGAUCUGAGCUCUUUCUCCCUGGACUGCAGCGGGCUGUCCAAGGCCUUCCUGGUGGAGAUCCUCCAAGAGGACCGGGCCUCGCUCACCUACCAGAGGAGCUUCCACUUCCUCCACACUAGUGUACAGGAGUUCCUGGCUGCUCUGUACUACGUCCUGCAGGCCCUCUCCGGCUCAGACCCGUUCUCAGGGCUCAAGUCAGCCGUCGGUGUAGCCAAGUUUCCAGUUGCCCUGCACAAAGUGUUAACCUCCACUACUAAUAAGCUGCUGAGGCCCAGACGGCUCCUGCGCAGAUACGUCAAGAAGGCUUUCUCCUGGGGUGGACACCAUCAGUCUGGUCACAUGGACCUCUUCUGCAGAUUUGUAUCUGGCCUAUUGGUACCUCAAACCCGUGUCAUCCUGGAUGGACUAUUCCGAGGCAGAUCACAAAUACUCCCAUCUCUCUCCUCCUCCUCUCUAUCCCUGCCCUCUCCUUCACCACCUUCACCACCACCACUCUGGAACAUCUCUGGAUGUUUGACAACAAGUUAUCAAAGGAGGGAGUCAGGAAGCUGAAGGAGUUCGCCAGGAGAACGUCUCAUCUGGACAUCAAAGUGUGCAUCUGAUUUCAUCUGCCUUUCCUGUUGCUGAUGAUAGACUCCAAGUACUUUAUCAUUGGUGGAUGGUGUGGUUGUUUACAAUUUGUGUGAUAUGGUACUUUUGCACAUAUACAUGGUAUGAAGGAUGUUAUUAGUAUUUAAUUCUUAUUUUUGUUCAAACAACUAAGAGUUUAUAUUUGGUUGUCAGGUUGUAAUAGGUCAAUGAAUGGAGCCAUAGGUCAAUGAAAUCGUCGGCAAUACGUCUACACGUUUUUCCAAUAGGUUGCAUUCUUGUGUUGUCAGAAACGCCUCCAAGUAACGAGUUUAAACGUUUAAACAGCACUUCCAUGUAUGGCCAGCAGAGAGCAAUAGACCUGCAUACACAUGACCUACUGGAAGGCUAGGGUUAUAGUCUACUAUGUGCAAAUUAGAUGAUCAUGUUCACUCUCUAACAAAGUUGGGCAUUAAUGGAUUAACAGUAAUUUGUUGGUAGCCAACUAAAUUUUACUACUUAAAAAUUAAUAUUGAAAUGUAUUAAGUUGAGGGUGACAAAAUUAAGUUGAGAGUAUUUCUUUAUUCUACCACAAGAUGUCACCAUCAAUAUAAACUUUUUCUGCAGUGUUUUUGUUUGCAUCCUUCCUAGUCUGGUCCAUGGGGACAUGUCAUUGUCCUUUGUUUCACAUUUCCAUAGAAAAACGAAAAUAUGUCAAGUACCUGAAUAAUAAGGUAAUUUUUUGUGAUGCCCAGGGACAGUGCUACUAUUACUACAAAUCGAAUUAUAUAUGUUGUCACCUGUGAAGGUAGAAACUCAUAUUCCCUUUGUUUUGCACUUUGGAAAAAGUUUGUCUGAAAAUAAAAAAAAACAUCGGGAAAAUGCUUCCCAUUUAAGUCAACAACAAGUUUGCUAUUUUUGUUUUAUCUAUAAAUAGACUAGGCAAUGUACAAAACUCGACAUGUAAUUGAAAAUAAAACAAUUCGUGCAAGUCCUUA